UCCAAAGAGCCUGAAAGCGACUGGACUAAACGCAACAGCAUUGCCGCUCCAACAGAAUGCCGCCAAAGAAUGCAUUCUAGCUGGAAAUGCAAGGGGGCACCAAACAGGCGCAGGAUUUUUUUGAGCAUCUCUGUUAUGAUUAUAAUAAUCUGAAAUAUGGCUGAAGUGAAGUCGAGGUGAGUUGCUCUGUUGCUCAGACAACUUGCUCUCGGGAGCUGCGCACUCAUCUCCAUCCAAUUUGUCGGAUGAAAAUAAACGGAUAGAUAGCCUACACUCGUCUUUGUUCUUCUAUCAAUCGAUAAUCACUCAACCGUGGAAUCAUGUCGAUGGGACAGGACGAAAGCUCUGUCCGGGUGGCUUUGAGGAUUCGUCCUCAACUGGCCCGGGAGAAGAUUGAGGGAUGUCACAUCUGUACGUUUGUGACCCCGGGGGAGCCCCAGGUGAUGCUGGGUAAAGACAAGGCGUUUACAUACGACUAUGUGUUCGACAUGGACUCCUGUCAGGACAGCAUCUAUGCUGACUGCACUGAGAAACUGAUCGAGGGCUGCUUCGAAGGAUACAACGCCACCAUCUUUGCCUACGGCCAGACGGGGUCAGGUAAGACAUACACCAUGGGUACAGGGUUUGAUGUGAACAUCGGGGAGGAGGAGCUGGGCAUUAUUCCCCGGGCAGUCACCCACCUCUUCAGGGGCAUCGAGCAGCGCCAGCAGGCUGCUAAAGAGCAGGGAUGUCCCAUGCCCGAGUUCAAGAUCAACGCACAGUUCCUGGAGCUUUACAAUGAGGAGGUGCUGGAUCUGUUUGACUCUACGAGGGACCUGGAGGCUCGGACGCAGAAAUCCCACGUUAAGAUCCACGAGGACGCUAAUGGAGGAAUCUACACAGUGGGGGUGACCACACGGACCGUCGCCUCCGAGGCAGAGAUGAUGCAGUGUCUGAAGCUGGGCGCUCUGUGUCGUACCACGGCCAGCACCCAGAUGAAUGUCCAGAGCUCCCGCUCUCACGCCAUCUUCACCAUUCACCUGUGCCAAGUCAGAGUCUGUGCGUCCGACAAUCAGGACAACAACGAGACGGACAACAAGGUUGCUAACAGCAACUCAGAGAUGGAAGAGUAUGAGACACUGACAGCCAAGUUUCACUUUGUGGACCUAGCCGGGUCAGAGAGACUGAAGAGAACAGGGGCGACCGGAGACCGAGCUAAGGAGGGAAUCUCCAUCAACUGUGGACUGCUUGCUCUUGGAAAUGUAAUCAGUGCUUUGGGAGACCGAAGCAAGCGAUCCACGCAUGUGCCUUACAGAGACUCCAAACUCACCCGGCUUCUACAGGACUCCCUGGGUGGAAAUAGCCAAACAAUGAUGAUAGCGUGCAUCAGCCCGUCUGACCGGGACUUUAUGGAGACCCUGAAUGCACUGAAGUAUGCCAACCGAGCCAGGAACAUUAAGAACAAGGUGAUGGUGAACCAGGACAAGGCCUCCCAACAGAUCUCUGCUCUCAGGACAGAGAUCGCCAGGCUACAGAUGGAACUCAUGGAGUACAGGACGGGUAAGCGUAUGGUGGGUGAGGACGGUAUGGAUAGCAUCAACGACAUGUUCCAUGAGAACAGCAUGCUGCAGACAGAGAACAGCAACCUGAGGAUCAGGGUCAAAGCCAUGCAGGAGACCAUUGACGCHCAGAGGGCCAGACUCACACAGUACCUCAGUGACCAGGCCAACCAGGUCCUCGCCAGGGCAGGUGAGGGGAGUGAAGAGAUUGGGAACAUGAUCCAGAGCUACAUCAAAGAGAUUGAGGAUCUCAGAGCCAAACUCCUGGAGAGCGAGUCUAUGAAUGAGAACCUUCGUAAGAACCUGUCCCGUGCCUCCUCACGCCAGUCCUUUUACCCCGGAACCUUCUCCCCUGCCCUCCUGGCCCCCGAGAAGGAGGCCUCCGACAUCAUUGAGAUGGCAAAGAAAGACCUGGAAAAACUCAAGAAGAAGGAGAGGAAGAAGAAGAAGAGUGUUGUCAAGGAGGAAGUCCCCGACAACGACCAAGACAAUGGCACGGAAAAAGAUCUGACUGAGCUGUCCAAUGAGGACCCUGAGACGGAGGGGCAGGAGGGGAGUGACCACGAGGAAGAGGACAAUGAGGAAGAGGAGGAGAUGGAUGUGGAGGAGAGCUCUGAUGAUUCAGACUCGGAAUCAGAUGAGAAAGAGAACUUCCAGGCGGACCUGGCCAACAUUACAUGUGAGAUUGCCAUCAAGCAGAAGCUGAUAGACGAGCUGGAGAACAGCCAGAGGCGUCUGCACACGCUCAAACAGCAGUACGAACAGAAACUGAUGAUGCUGCAGAGCAAGAUCAGAGACACACAGCUGGAGAGGGACAAGGUGCUGCAGAACAUGGGCUCGGUGGAGACGUGCAACGACGAUAAGGCUAAGAAGAUCAAGCAGGGGUAUGAGAAGAAGCUAAGUCUCAUGAAUAAGGAACUACAGAAGCUACAGUCAGCCCAGAAGGAACACACACGCCUCCUCAAGAACCAAUCAAAGUACGAGACGCAGCUCAAGAAGCUCCAACUGGACGUCACAGAGAUGAAGAAGACAAAGGUUCGUCUGAUGAAGCAGAUGAAGGAGCAGCAGGAGAGGAACAGAAUGACAGAGUCCAGGAGGAACAGAGAGAUCGCCAGCCUCAAGAAGGACCAGCGCAAACAGGAGCACCAGAUGAAGCUACUGGAGGCCCAGAAGAGACAGCAGGAGCUCAUACUGCGCAGGAAGACUGAGGAGGUAACUGCACUGAGGAGGCAGGCCAGACCUAUKUCUGGUAAGGUGACCAGCAGGAAGGUGAGUUUACCAGAGGCCCUCCAGGACUCCUCCCACCGAGCGCCCUCAGGACGCCUGCAAUCCUCUGGAUCCACCGCACCCAACGGAACCAGGUCCUACUACAGACGGUCAACGGGCAUAUAUUCCACCAGAGUGGCCAAAGUGAAGUGGCAGUCUCUGGAGCGCCGUAUCUCUGAUGUCAUCAUGCAGAGGAUGACCAUAUCCAACAUGGAGGCCGAUAUGAACCGCCUGCUAAAGCAACGUGAGGAGCUGACCAAGAGGAGGGAGAAGGUGACCAGAAAGAGGGACAGGCUGGCGGGGGAGGGGUCUGAGGAAGAGAAGGUGGUGUUUCCCCUUAACGAGGAAGUGGACACCCUGAUGGCCAACAUCGAUUACGUCAACGACAGCAUCGCAGACUGCCAGGCCAACAUUAUGCAGAUGGAGGAGGCCAAGGAGGAGGUUGACACGGUGGAUGUUUCCGCAGUGAUCAGCUCCUGUACUCUAACAGAGGCCCGUUUCCUGAUGGACCACUUUAUUUCUAUGGCCAUCAACAAGGGUCUGCAGGCAGCCCAGAAGGAGUCCCAGGUGAAGGUGAUGGAGGGCAGGCUGAAGCAGACAGAGAUCACCAGCGCCACUCAGAACCAGCUGCUGUUCCACAUGCUGAAAGAGAAGGCAGAGUUUAACCCCGAACUGGAUGCCCUGCUGGGGAAUGCUCUACAAGAGCUAGGUAACAUGCCAGUGGAGAAUGGGGAGGACAGCAGCAGUGACGAAUUCGCCCAGAGUCCUGCAACAGACGGACACUCUCUGACAUCAGAUCUAAUGAAACUCUGUGGAGAGGCCAAAACAAGGAGCAAGGCUCGUAGGAGAACCACCACUCAGAUGGAGCUGCUCUACGCCAAAAGUGACUCCGUCCCUGACACGCGUUCUGGCGAUUCCUCCUCCCCAUGUCUCCCAUUGGUUGAAACUCCAGAAGAGGGCAGAGAUCCUGAGACCCCCGUUGGCCUGUCAGUCAGGGACAGGGACUAUAUGGCUCAUUCUCCUGGCUUGUCCUCUAAGAUGGGCAGCAUACCUGCCUCCUCCUCAGGGGCGGRAAAAAGAGUUCCAGAGCCCUCGCCACUCUCUCGCAGGAAGACCUAUGACAAGACACAAUUGGCGGCUAAGGUCAAGGAGAUCAAACACUGUGAUACGAGGAACUCCGACGCCAGCACCCCGUCUCCCCCCUCCUCCCCCUCUAACCGCCCACGUAGCCAAGGCAACGUAUUUGUCCGCCUGACAGGGUGUUUGGAUAGAGCAGACAGACUGCAGGAUAAAGGGGUGAUCAACCCAGURCCUUCCUCAAAGGGCAGUCGGUCAGCAACACUGCAGUGUGUCCACGUGGCUGAGGGUCACACUAAAGCCGUGCUSUGUGUUGAYUCUACYGAUGACCUCCUCUUCACCGGCUCCAAAGACCGUACUUGUAAGGUGUGGAACCUAGUGACAGGUCAGGAGAUCAUGUCCCUGGCAGGUCACCCCAACAAUGUGGUGUCAGUCCGCUACAGCUCCAGCCUGGUCUUCACCGUCUCCACCUCCUACAUCAAGGUCUGGGAUAUCCGAGACUCAGCCAAGUGCAUUCGCACCCUCACGUCUUCUGGUCAGGUGACCCCGGGCGACGCCUGUGCGUCCAGCACCAACCGGACUGUCACCAUCCCGGCAGGAGAGAACCAGAUCAACCAGAUCGCCCUCAACCCCAGUGGCUCUGUCCUGUACGCCGCCGCCGGCAACUCUGUCAGAGUCUGGGACCUAAGAAGAUUUGUAUCCACAGGGAAGCUGACUGGUCACCUGGGUCCAGUCAUGUGUCUGACUGUGGACCAGAGUGGGAACGGUCAGGAUCUGGUCAUCAGCGGAUCCAAGGACCAUUACAUCAAGCUGUUUGACGUGACAGAGGGGGCCCUGGGUGCUAUCAGCCCCACACACAACUUUGAGCCUCCCCACUACGAUGGCAUCGAGUCCUUGGUGGUGCAGGGGGAUGUCCUCUUCAGCGGCUCCAGGGACAACGGCAUUAAGAAGUGGGACCUAGGCCGCAAAGACUUACUGCAGCAAGUGCCCAACGCCCAUCGUGAUUGGGUGUGUGCCCUGGGUGUGGUGCCUGGCUCUCCGGCCCUGCUGAGCGGCUGUAGAGGAGGGGUGCUAAAGCUGUGGCACGCAGACACACUGGGGGCCCUUGGGGAACUCAAGGGCCACGAGAGCCCCAUCAACGGCAUCUCCACCAAUAGCAGCCACCUCUUCACAGCAUCUGAUGAUCGAACAGUGAAGAUCUGGCGUGCCCGGGGCGGACUCGACAGCACCUUAGACACGACGGCGGACACAGCUGAUGAGGUGGCCAGUAACURAACAUGGCCGUGACCUCCCACCGUGACCCUAAACCUGGGAUGCUGCUGACUAGCACUUUGACCUCUGACCCUUAGCCUUGGAAACCACCCCCAGCCCCCACAUACUGUAACCAAGACAACAGUCCGCAAGAAUCUUAUCUCAGCAAAAGUAGCUGUAGUCGUUUUCCAGAGUGAGAUACUGUAGAUUUAUCCCUAGAAAAUGUCUCCCUAGCUAAAUGUAUCUAGUCUAACCUGUGUGGCCGUAGCACUGGUCUGUGCAGAAUAAACCCUAUUUUUGCUUCAUAGACAUCUUUCCGGCUCCACUCGUAUCAAGUAUUGAGCCCCCACACACACACAGAGGCAGAUCUUGAGUGUUUUUCUGUGCUGGGGGAGUGUUGUGUAAAUUAGAUGAGAGGAAGGUAAAGACCGGGCUUUGUCGCAGGCCUUCAAGACCCGGACCUGAUUCUCCAGUGGCACAGCAGAACCACUGUCCUCAACCCUGCUGUCCCUUACCUGAUAUCAACGUGGCUUUACGUGAACUGACACCCCCUUAAGUCGCUCGGUAUGAUGUUCUUUUGCUUUGAAUUCAGCACCCGCUUUUCCAUGGGUGACCAAAUCAUGAAACCUCUCUUGUACUUUACCUGUGAACUGGAUACUGUACAUUAACUAACACUACUCUUGUAGCCACUAGCAAAAGCCCUUCAGUCAGUCACCUCUCUGCUUCCUUAGUCUUUACACUUAGUCCUUUACUUACUCUCUAUGUGCAAAAACAAUGUCUCUUUGAGGAUACACUGACUCUCUUCACUCGUCCACUACUCAUCAUUUAGAAAUGUAUGAUUUUCCACUUGAUGCUAUUCCCUCCUAAUAAGUUAAUAACUAACCUAAUGCCCUUGCUGCUAAGUUGUUUGCUCACCGUUGACCCAGAGAGGGCUUCUGUUCUGGACUCCAGGUGAGAUACACCUGGUAACCGUAGUUACAUACUUUCUAUAAGAGUCUAAGGUGUGAGGAAGAGAGGAGCCUUUUAUCUGUGCCUGUACUGUAAAGCUCUCCCGAUCCUGGUCUGGGAAGAACCCUAUGUACGGUGGUUUAUCAUGUUUGUGUCAGUUUUGCUGUACAUUUCAACUGGCCUAUUUGUGAUUGGUGUGAGCUGAACGAACUGUCAAAUGAUGUAUCGGAUCCACUGUCUGCUGGGACUAUUGAAUGUUAAAGUAUUAGGAGCAGCAGCCAACACAAUAUGUGUGUAUAUAUAAACAGUGUUAUACGAAGAAAUAAACAGAAGGUUUGUUUUGUUGAUCACCACAUUUCGCUCCAAAAGGGAAACAAAUGGACCAGAAUUGUGAAACGGCAUUCUAACAGCACUCAUGUCUUUUGAACAGAACCCCUCACCCUGGCCUUGAGUCAGCCUGUUUUGUUGCCUGUUUUGUUUCCUGGGUUGCGUCCAAAAUGACACCCUAUUGCAUAGUGCACUACAUUUGACCAGGA